AUGGCCCACAAGUUGGCGAUGUUCCUGGGCCUGUCCGCCGUCCUGGUGGUGCUGAUGGUGCACCCGGCAGACUCCGUCUGUUGCCCUCAUGUAAGGUGCGCCGGCGGGAUGUGGCUGAAACGAUGUUUCUGUGCCGAUAACACAAUGAUCUCUGAGGGAAGGCCCUUCUGCGGAAAGGGGCCUUGCGACAGUAAAGGAUGUAACUGCGAGAGGGGUUGCAGGCAAAGUAAGAGGGGUGUGGCUGAGGAUGCCCUCGGCCUUCUGGAGCUGCUGCGCGGGGAACAGGAGGACACUGGCCCGAAGGAGAGCGCCCUGGCCGGCCGCGGGUUCGGCGACCACGACACGGACCAGGACAUGAAGCUGUCUAAGCAGGAGGCGCUGGAGAUGCUGGAGAUGCUGAAGCAGAUGGAGGACGUGGACAUCGACAACCUGCCCGCUGAUUGGUUCACCUCCAUGGACACCAACGGCAACGGGUUCAUUGACCCUGAAGAGUAUGAUGAGGACGAGGCUAAAAAACGUCAGUAAGAGCGGAGGACCCCGGAAUGAUGAUGGUCCCACCGCGUCCUGGACUUCCAGCCGGGACUGCAGACCAGCUGCAUAGAGUUUAGCUGCUUUUGCCUCAUGUAACCAUGACGAGGCUCGUGAGGGGAUAUCAGAGAUCAACAUUUCAGGGGGUCUUCCCUGUGGUGAAAGAUAAAAACCAACAUCCUCGUAUCUUUUCUAAGAUUGUUCUCUGAUACCCCGCUCAAAGCCUGUACCAUAGUUAACAGGGUUCCUACAUCAACUAUUCCUAAAACUUCACGUCUUUCUAUGAUAAAACUUUUACCUGAUUAAAUCACAAUGUUGUUCAUUUUCGACAUCUGAUGAAGGUCGGUGAGAUCGACUGAAAAUUCAUUGGGAGUGUUUCCCUUGUGCUGGAACAAACCUCAGACUUUAUAACUAUGAACUCUACCAACACGGAUAAGUCUUCAUUCGUUGUUCCUUUUCAUUUCGUCUUCACAAGUUCUUCAAAUUCUACCUACAUGAACGUCUGUAGUACCCUUUCGUCUUGUUGUAACCGAAGGAACCUAGAGAUCAGCUCUUGCCGCUCUAUGUAACCAAGAUUUAUGGCAAUAAAACAUGAUGAUGAGAAA